AUGCCCAUGAUCCAUUCAACAUACCACCCUGGUCUGGACUGGGACCAACUCCGCCUCACCUUCUCCUAUAUUCCUCGUGUCGACCUGGACCCGAAACUUGACUUCGGGUGGGAGUUCCAAAUGAGCACUACUGCGUACUGCGUGCAUCGUGGGCGGAGGCCACAGAGCAGACGAGACCGGCACCAGACCACUCCUAAUGGACAAGGAAUGCUUGGCCGCCUCCGACAGGGGCCGGGCAACGGCAACGGUGUCUGCGCCGGCACAUUGCGCCCCUCAAACGUCAACGCUGUUUACGAAACAAAAAUACCUGAACAAGCUCACCAACGAUUAUCGAUCCCUCAUGGUCGGUUGAACCCCCACACCGCUGCUCUUACAACUGAAAGUCUCCCCCACGGGAACCUGGAAGCCAACGCCUCUGCCCGUUAUCUUGCUCGCAACCGCAUGCGCCUGAGACAUCCUCUGUGCCAUCACUCUAUUGUGUAUUGCUUACUGGCUUAUUAG